AUGCAGACCACCAAUGGUGGAAGCGGCGGUGUCGCAGUCUGCCUGGGCGUCGGUGGACUGGUCGAUCUGGGCGAGAUUCUGUGUCUGAGCAACCCGGAAGACGAGGUCGAGGAUAUGGGAGGCGUCGAGAUCUGGAUCUUUGACGCGCGCCGGCCGUGGAAUCUGGGGAACGUCUUCGGCGGACAAACGGGUCUCGGUCAGGCCAUGGCGGAAAUUGAUGUCAACGCGCGACGGCGAGGCCGCGGAGUCGAUAAGGGCUGCAUUACUCCUGCCUACUCGUCGAAAAGUGGCGGUAUUGUUGUGUAUGAUGACGGCGAUAUUGAAGAGGAGCUGGGCAGUGCUCGGGAGGCAUACUACGCGUUGUUGGAGAUGCCCGAGGUCGAUGACGAUGAAGAUGACGCGAGUGACGACGGAUCUACUGGUGAUGCAGAGGAAGACACAAAGUCCGGGUCCAAGAAGCGUAAAUCUUGGUCGGGGCGCGAAGACGAGGAUGACUCGGAGGAUGAAGACGGGCCUCCUCGGCAGCGGAGGAGAAGCAAUUCAGGCUCUUCAUUAACAUCGUCCCCCAGUCGCCGAAGGAGGACCGGGAUCAAUUCAUCCAAUUCAUCACGUUCGCCAACUCCUACAACGGACUCGCCUUCGCCGGAAGAGCCGAAACAGCCCUCAGCCCGGUCAUUGAAGCGGCGUCUGGUUCGUCUCAAGAGGAAACACGAAACUGUGCUACAGACAUAUUACUCUGCCGGAACUUCCUACUCCGAGCCAAUCUCGUCGCUGGUGUAUUCGCUCGCAUCUGAACUUGGACGUGAAGACAAUGAUCUUCUAUGGCUUGCCAUCGUCGGUGUUUCUAGUCUGGAACUCAGCGGCCGUACAAUGACCGGCGUGGGUAUUUCGAACACCUCGGAAUCAGGAGGAUCAGCAGGCUGGGGUGGACAGCGCGGCGAACAUAUCCGCCAAAUAAUGCGAGACGAGGUCCAUCGUCUGAACCCGCCUGACCCGUUCGAGCGAGACCGAGAUAUCCGGGGCGAGAUCAAUGGCGUCAUUCCGACUACGGCGAGGUCCCCUACCGACACCUCCAUUCGGCUCUCUCCUGAGCCGCGCUUCUUGCUUGUCCGACACUGGUCGCUAUAUGAGAGCAUGCUUCACAGCCCUUACCUUGCGCCACGACUUCAUGUUUGGACCGAGAACGGCCGCAAGCGACUGCAUAAGCUCUUGGCCAAAAUGGGUAUUAGUCUGACCCAGUGCCACCAAUAUUAUACGCAUAUGGACAUGGAGUUGAAACGGGUUCUACGGGGCCGUCUGCUCAAGUAUGCGCCUAUGUACGGUCUGGAUGGACUCGUCCCUCCUGAACCAUCUGGACAUACUAGUUCCCGCGAAGGAUGGGGCUUUGUGCGCUGCUGGGGCUGGAAAGCUUGUCUUUCUGCAACGGAUGUGGGUGUCAUUAUAGGCGCAAUGCUGGAGGUUGGGCCGCACGAGGGCUCUGGAUCGUGGGAUGCCAAACGUCUGCCCCGAGCACGACCCGCAAAUGACGAUACUGAAAAUGGUGGCUCGGCUGAGUCUGAUUUGGCCAGCCUUCUUCCCCGAUUCUGGGGUGCAUACGAUGCUCUCUCACUGACAUCAGAGUCACCCACGCUCCUGCUGGAAUCGCUCCCGCUAGCGCAACACCUGCACCGUGCCAUCCUCCGGACCGGCACAUCUUUACUUUCAAAGCAUCAAAUCCGCCAUCUUCGAGCAUUCCGCAUUGCUGUCGUCAAAGAUGGCCCGGACGUCAAGCUCUUCACCAACCCCGGUGCCCUGACGAAACUGGCCCUCUGGGUCGCAGAGGCAAUUCGAGUGCAAGAGCGCGAACGUGGUGACGCCGUCAAAAUUGGCAAAAAGAGAGCAGCCGGAACCCCUCUCGUUCUCGCCGGGCUUGAUGAAGAUCGCGAUCUCUAUGUGGUUGUAGGAACUGGUGGUGGCGGUGGUGUCAUUGACUUCGCGGCUUUGUCCAAGCGCCAAGAGGAGCGUCGCAAGAAGAAAGAGGAAAAGGAAAAGAAGCAGAAGGAACGCGCUGAACGCAAGGCCCAACGAGCUGCUGAACGUGCUGAGCAAGAAGACGAUGAGGAGGAAGAAUCGGAGGAGUCGGAGUCGUCAUCCGAGUCCGAAUCUGAAGAUGAAGAUGACUCGCGGGGGAAGAAGCACCUUCUCCGCAACCGAUUCGGUAUUGCCUUCCAGGAGGUGGUCCAGGAAACCAGCGCUCGUGUGCGCAUAGACAGUUUCGAGCACUGCGUCGUCGAGGUGCAGAAAGAUGACCUCGGCGGCUUCCUCGAGGCCCUGAGCUUCCGCAGCGUGGUGGGCUAA